UUUUAUAUAUAAAUUUUUGCGUGGUUAACGUUUGUAACAUUCGUAUGAGAGAGAUGAUACUUAAGGUACCGUAACCUGUUUACCUGUCCAACGGCAGACGACGACGUGGACUGCGUUAGGUAGUAUCACAAUACGUGUCGUUGAACUUGAACUUACGUCUUCGUUUCAAUAUGAAUUGAACACGCGCGAAGUGAACCGAAACGAUAGGACAAUUUAAAGAAAAAAAGAUAACUGAAAACCCUUGAAUGUGCUGUAGUGGCAGUAUAAAAUCAUGUGCUUCCCCGGGGACUUUUCUAUAAACAAACGAUAAGAAUCGAGUUUGUUACAGAUAAAGAAGUUCGGGUUCGUUUUCAAACGACGAUCAUGAGUGAAUAUUUUGAAUAACUUCGAAGUGUUAUCGCUGUUUCUGCUCAGUUAAGGUUUUAACUCAGUGGUGAAAAUUGUAAAUUGAACAAAAUUGAAAUAUGGCCAAAGAAAGGAAGCCAAAUAAAAGUGUGUUUUUGGCAUAUCUUUGUUGGGUAUUUGGAGGAAUUUUUGGGUUGCACUUAUUUUAUUUGAGAAGAGAUGCACAGGCUUUUCUCACGUGGAGUACUCUUGGAGGCUACGGAUUGGGGUGGUUGGCUGAUAUUACGAAGAUUCCGAGAUAUGUUAAAGAAGUGAAUCAGGAUCCAGCUUUGAUGAAGGAGAUGAUGAGAAAAAUACGUGAAAACAAAAAGCCUCCUUUCUCUAUAUCGAGGUUUAUGUCUUCUCUAAUGAUAUCCUACUUAUGGGGACAACUAGUAAUGAUUGCCAUACCAGAAGAUGACUUUGGCGGAUAUAAUUGGCAGUAUUUGCAUUGGUUUAUACCAUUAGGAGCUAGUUUAGGUGUUUGGAUAGUAGGUAAUAUUGGUAGAGAAAAAGGUUCUCCAUGGUACGCAAUUGGGGGCGCUUAUGUAGGAUACCUAGUCAGAUAUAUCUAUUUUGAUGAAAGCGUGUGGUUUUCAUCGAUGAUCGUUACGUCGGCUCUUGCGUUUGAUACAUUUUCAAAGGAAUGGAGAAAAGAUCCUCCAAAAAGAAAAUCUUUUUUCAAACGAGUAUUUGUUUUAACGACGUGCGGAAUACUUUACUUAAGUUUAUGGUCGUGUUACUUUUACUUUAACGGAAAAAUAACCGAUUCAAAUGGCGAUACAGUUCCUGUACACGAAGCUUUUCAUCACUUUUUCACGUCUCCCUGGUGGACUGACCUUAAACAAUCGUUACAUGACAUUUAUAUUUAUGCUCAACAUCAUGGCUGGUAUGAAAUUUAUAAGCAAAUAAUAGAUUUAUCGGAUGUAAAUGGCGAGCAAAACGCGUAUAAAGUGUUAGGUUUGGGACCCACAGCCUCUCAAUCUGAGAUUACAGCGAAAUGGAGAGCGUUGAGUAGAGAGUUUCAUCCGGAUAAAAUCAAAGAUCCAGCAAAACAAAGGGAAGCUCAAGAAAAGUUUAUGGAAAUUCAACAAGCUUAUGAAAUAUUAUCUAAUAUUAAGACUAAAAGGAAACGAAAAAAUAAUAAAUCCGUUGAUCAGUGAUUAUUAAAAAAUUAAAUCUCCUUUCAGUAGGGGAGAAAACUAAAUUUAAGACCACUUUUACCAAUUUCAAUAUAAAAAAUUAACCUUCAGUUUAUAAUAUUUGAGUAGAAAUUAAGUUAAAUCAAUCUGAAAUUUGUAAAAUUGGUCUUUGUUUUUAUUGUAACAUUUAAUCGUCCUCUACAGGCUGUCUAUUAAGUUUAAAGUUUUUAUUUUAAGUAACUAAUGUGUGUAUAGAAGUGUGUAUGUUUAAUAGAUGAUGCUAUAAAUAAAUGAGUUGGACUUUUACAAA